AUGCUCGACUUCAUGGACUAUGUCCAGAAUGCCUUCGCCAUUUCCACCGGCUGGAAUCCCGACAACUCCUACGCCGCCCUGACCAUCACCGCCAACAACCUCCUCGAUUUUUACCUGCCCCGCGGUCUUGGCCUGCGAGUCGCGGCUCUUUCUUCCCCCAACUUCGCCACCAGCUACACCCUCGGCAGCGCUGGAGUGGUCGAUGGCAGUCUCAGCUUUCUGUACUCCAGUCUUGGCCUGAGAGUGGUGGGGAAGAGCAGCGAUGUCAAUCUUCGCCAACUCGUGCGCGGCUACCGACAUCUACAGCAACUAAAGGCCCCUCCGGAAUCCAUUGAACCGUUGAGCGAUAUGGAAGGGAGCGAAGGCCGGGUCUGGAAGAAAGACACUCUACUCUACGGCCGCCUGCACCUCCCCGCCAGCACGCUCGAAGCACUCUAUCUCCGCCGUCUGACCCCAACCCGUCUCUUACGGAUCAACUGUGUCAGCGAUGCCACACUCCCCAACUCAGGCACAGUGCUCGCACUUCUUCAAAACGACUACGGCAAAUACAGCACGGAGUAUCUCUACUCCACCGACUCUAGUCUGCUGGGCUUCCGUGCCCUUUACAACUUCGGCUACGAUCCGCGCUACCCUGUCGAGCAGCAGAACAUCUCCUAUCGAACCCCCCGACAUCCCUGGGACCACCAAAAUGGCCGCCUCUCCGCCGGUGCGGAGGUGUACUUCUCUCCCGUCAACAAAAGCGGAGGCAUGUCCACGGGCCUCCGUUUCACCACUCUUCCCAUCCAUUCCGGCUUCCCGUACACCAUGACGCUCACUUUGAAUCCGCUCAUGGGGAAUCUGAGCAGCAGCUACGCCAUCAAAGCCGGCCCGAACCUAGCACUAUGCUCGCGCUUCGAUUUCAACGUCUACAGCUAUGAAUCGGACGUUGUGCUCGGCCUCGAACUGUGGCGGCAGCGCUCCACACCCACCGAUGUCUUGUGGGCGAAAGCCUUGAUCCGGCCGGACUGGCCCCCUGUCAGACCCAACGAGGGUGAUACGACGGCCGUGCUGAAGGCCAGGAUGAGCGAUAAGGGUAAGGUAGGCGCGUUGUGGGAGUGCAGGGUCAAGGAUCUGUUGGUCAGUGUUGGCGCAAGCCUCGAUCUGAAGAAGCGGGAGAGGGUGUUGGGCAGUAUUGGCCUGGAGGUGAGCUAUUCCACUUGA